AUGAGUGCGGGCUCUCUGAACACGGUCCUUGACACAUUCGAGACGUAUGGUUCCGGUUGGUACCUAUAUGGUGACUCGUCGAUAUUGUCUGCACCAUUUCGGAAACAGACAAUGUCACCCUGGAUCACGCGUAUCCUCGGUUAUCGACAUACACAAGAGCUGGGUACUUUAGCGACGUCCUUCACCGGCCCAGGCAAUCAGGAAGUUGUUUACCGUAGUGCCUCUCGCAAACCAGAUCUCUACGGACCCGACUUUCACUUUGAAGAGUAUCUCCCGGCAAAUGGUGUGAUUGCCGCUGUUUCUGUGCAUCUCCUCACCAAGUUCCUUCUCGUUCUUUUAUCCAUUCCAUUUAUUCGUCUGCUCAUACGAAAGCUGGCGGCGCGCCUUGAUUCAGCUCCCGAUGUGAAACAACUGCGGCAAGUGGAGCGCGCAGAGUUCCGUGCUAUUGGAAGCGGGAGUGGGGAUGCUAAACCUAGAGUGUGGGCAUCUUUUGUGCGAGAGGGAGCGCUCUAUGAGCUUACUGCACUCGUCACUUGUAUCGGGGCAAGGGUACUGCUUGAACAGAAGAUCAGUGCCGACAGGGCGGGGAAGGACGCUCGUGGACAUGGCGGAGUGGUCACACCAUCAUUUUUGGGAAUGGAAUAUGUCGAUCAGCUGAAAGAUGCUGGGAUCGAGAUUGAAGGUGGUUUGUUGUAA